CUAUCUCCAUCCCGCAACAGGUUGCUUUGGCCGGACAGGAUCGGCUGCACCGACCCCCCUCUGGACCUUACCGAACUCAGGCGAACUCAACCGAACGGAGGCGACCUGAGGCGAACCUGCAAGAGGAAUAUCCUCCAGAACGUGCUCAGCGGGGAUUCUGCAGCUGUGUGUCCGCCUGCAUGGAGGCUUCGGGCGGCCCCGGGCGGGGGACCCUCACGCUGCUGGUUCUGCUGGUCUGCUGCACCGCCGCCGAGAGGGUGUGUCACUGCAGCGGGAAGUCUCUCUGUCACUGUGACGGCGUCAAGGGUCAGAAGGGUGAAUCUGGUUACGUUGGAUACGAUGGACUUCCUGGAGUGAUUGGUUAUCCCGGAAAUGAGGGCCACCAGGGCUUUCCUGGAGAAAAGGGAGAUCAUGGAGCAGCAGGGAGUUCAGGACUGAAAGGCUCUCGGGGUCUUCCAGGAAAACCAGGUUUUCCAGGACCUCCAGGAUUGCCGGGACUCCCCGGUCAUGAAGGACCCCUUGGCCAACCAGGACUCCCAGGAUGCAACGGGACAAAGGGCGAUGUUGGUUACCCAGGGUUCUCUGGAGCUCCAGGUCCUGUCGGCCUUCAAGGUCGAUCAGGACUGCGAGGUGCAAAGGGAGACACUUAUGUUUUUGCAGCCACUCCAGAUAUUAAAGGAGCACCAGGACCCCGAGGGCGAGACGGAGGAAAUGGGCUGAGAGGAGAUACAGGUGAACCGGGCUUUCCAGGACAAUCAGGACCAGCCGGACUUCCUGGAAAUCCAGGGUUGUCAGGACUAGCAGGAGAGAAGGGUCAGGAGGGUCCCAGUCCAGUCAUACCAGGCCCCCGCGGACAGAAGGGUUAUCGCGGUCCGCCGGGGAUUCCUGGACAGAAAGGAAUUAAACUUUAUGCUGAAGGACCCAAAGAACUGAAGGGAGAGCCAGGUGACGUUGGAGCCAAGGAUUGUCGUGGUUUACCUGGUGUGCCGGGGAAACUGGGGGUCAAAGGAGAAAAGGGCGGGCCAGGAGAUCCAGGCUCACUGGGUAAACCAGGGAAGGAUGGACUCCUUGGAGAGCUGGGAGAACAGGGGGACGCAGGGGAUCGUGGGUACGUCGGACCUCCGGGUAUAGAAGGAUCCACGGGGGAGAAAGGUGAUCGUGGUUUUCCAGGUCUUCCAGGAGAGACGGUUUUCCAACACAUGUUCCUGAAUGGCCAGCGCGGUGUCCCCGGGGCCCGCGGACCGUCAGGAGUCCGAGGAGAAGAAGGACUCAUUGGAUUUCCUGGACUGCAGGGCGAGCCAGGUGUGGCUUCCAAUGGUCCACCUGGCCCCCAGGGGCCCCCAGGCUCAACUGGACCCAAAGGAGAAUCAGGAGAGCCGGGGCCCCUUAUCGUCGGCCCCCCGGGACGGACUGGAGUUCCAGGAGUGGAAGGAGAACCAGGCGACCCAGGAAACCCAGGUCCCUUUGUGGAAGAAGUUGGUCUUACAGGAAACAAAGGUGUAAAAGGCCCGAUUGGAUUUCCUGGAAUCAGAGGGGAGAAUGGACAGACAGGUGAGAAGGGGGGGUUGUGCUCGGUUUGCCCGUCUGUUGUGGGCUCCCCCGGACCUCCAGGCAGAGAAGGAGAGCCAGGUGAAGUCGGGUUGAUGGGGUCAACCGGGUUUCCUGGACCCAAAGGUCAUAACGGGGUGAAAGGUGUUGGAGGACCACCUGGUCCACAGGGCCCCUUUGGUACCCCCGGCCACCCCGGCUCCCCAGGACCGGUUGGGGACCCUGGCGUCAUGCAGAGGGUGGGGCAGAACGGUGAGGAUGGGGACCAGGGACCCCCGGGACCCCCAGGUCCCGAGGGGAUGGACGGAUCUCCAGGAUUUACAGGAACGAAAGGUGUUCGAGGACAGAAAGGAAAUCCUGGGCCUCUAGGGGCUAAAGGUGAGCAGGGCCCUCUCGGGGAGACUGGUGGCAGAGGACCAUUGGGUCAGAUGGGACCUCCAGGACUUCCUGGAAUUGGAGAGCCAGGACCUCCAGGAAGUAAAGGCAAUGUGGGGGUCCUGGGGCCAAGAGGGGAUCCUGGGAGACCAGGGGGAAAAGGUUCUCCGGGGGAAAUCAAAACCUCUCCAGGAGACCCAGGACAGAAAGGAGAGAAAGGUUUACCUGGAAACCCCGGACCUGAAGGUGUGACGGGGCCUCUAGGUGUACCAGGAUCUGUCGGUCCAAAGGGAGAAAGAGGAGAUGAAGGAUUUUCUGUCCAGGGGCCCCCAGGCUUUCCCGGGGUCAAAGGACUCAAGGGCCCUCCAGGAGCUCCAGGUUUAACAACUUAUGGUAUCAAGGGACGGGCAGGUCCAUCAGGCCCCCCAGGGAUGCCAGGCCCCAAGGGCACGAGCGGCUUCGGAUUUCCAGGUCAGCAGGGUCGGUCGGGCCCCCAGGGGGAAGAUGGCUCUGUUGGGCCCCAAGGAAAUUCCGGACCCCAGGGAUCAGAUGGAUUGCCAGGAUUUCCAGGAGUAGACGGACCUCCCGGACCCAAAGGGCGGAGUGGUCUGGAUGGUGUCUCUGGUCCGGUUGGAACUGUUGGACCCUGUUUAGCUGGACCCCCCGGACCUGAAGGAGAGCAGGGACAGUUUGGGCUCAUCGGGUUCACAGGAGGACGGGGCCUAAAGGGUUUGAAUGGUGACCCUGGGCGACCUGGCGUGGGAUUCCCGGGGCCUCAGGGGCCUUAUGGGGCCCCAGGGAUUGAUGGAGCUCCAGGGUCAGUGGGGGAAGUUGGUCCCGAAGGCCAGAACGGGGCCAAUGGGGAGCCAGGAAGCACAGGUCUCAGAGGGGACGUGGGCCCUCCAGGAACCCUCGGGUGUCCGGGGGAUGAAGGGCAACCAGGAGAGACUGGACCACCCGGACUGAGAGGGGAGAAGGGUGUAGACGGGAUCUGGGGUUCUCAGGGGCCCCAGGGGCCUCAGGGGGACCGGGGAUUCACUGGACCAAAAGGACUCCAAACAGAUGUGGAGGUGCACGGGGAUCCUGGAGAUCCUGGAGACAGGGGGCCCAAAGGUUCCACUGGUACCAAAGGAGACAGGGGCCUUCAAGGGCCACAGGGUCCCGAUGGCAGCAGCGGCCAACCAGGAUUUGGCGGUCCACAAGGACCUCCUGGAGACCCCGGCAAGGAAGGAGAGAGAGGUCCUCCCGGUCCUUGUGGACUCAACGGACAACAAGGAGAGAUGGGGAAGCCAGGCUCCAAAGGGGGGAAAGGUGGUGCAGGGCCUUGUGGGGAACCUGGACCGGAUGGAACACCAGGACCCGGAGGACUUAAAGGUGCUAAAGGUGAACCGAGUCCACCCGGACCAGGAUCUAAAGGAUCUCCAGGAGAACAGGGUAAUGCAGGGUGUUCAGGGUCCCCGGGGCCGACGGGGCAACCAGGGGAGGAAGGAGACCCUGGUCCUCCAGGAGAUAGUGGCCCCUGUGGCCCCAAAGGACAGUCCGGGCCCCCGGGAUGUAGAGGUCCUCCUGGGAAUCCUGGUGGAAAGGGUUUUGAUGGUCCACCCGGGAGAAACAGCCCUGAAGGACCCACCGGCCUCACAGGGAACAAGGGGGCCCCUGGAGAUCCUGGUCCAGCUGGUCCCAGAGGGAACCAGGGGCAGGAUGGGAUACCUGGUCCUCCUGGGGAGAAAGGAGAUAUGGGAGCUCCUGGAAUAGGGUCUCGGGGCCCUGACGGGAAUACGGGUCCACCUGGGUGUGUUGGAGAUGAGGGUCCUCCUGGGGCCUGUGGACCACCCGGCCCCCCGGGUCCUGGGGGAAACCCAGGGUUUUCUGGUCCUCCUGGACCACCGGGCCCUGCUGGUUGUCCUGGCAAGGAGGGAGUCUGCAUUGAAGGCGUCAAAGGAGAAAAAGGAGUCCCUGGAGAACACGGCCCCAAAGGUCCCACAGGGUACCGAGGUCCUCCUGGUCCGCCGGGUCCUGGGUUUAAAGGAGAUGAGGGAGUUAAAGGAGCAAGAGGAAACGCAGGACCAGCUGGUAACCCUGGGGACCCUGGACCCCGGGGCCAGCCGGGUGAAGACAAACCACCAGGCCCACAGGGACAGAAAGGCAUGAUGGGAGAUACUGGAGUCACUGGACCUGUUGGUGUGAAGGGCGUGGUCGGACCAGCAGGUAGCGAUGGCCCAAGAGGACCCCCGGGACCACCUGGGAGGAGAGGCCUGCGGGGGGAGGAUGUACCCAGAAACGUGGUGCUGCUGCCAGGGAACAAGGGCUCAGCUGGCCUCCUGGGGUACCCAGGAGAAAACGGAUCCCCGGGGAUCAGAGGGACACCUGGAGGUCCAGGUAUAAAAGGAUUAGUCGGGAGGGGGGGCAGGCCAGGGCCCAGAGGCCGCCCUGGAGUGAAUGGGGAAGAGGGGGAUCCAGGUUUCCCUGGAUCUAAAGGUAUUCUUGGUGAACGAGGACUGGUCGGUGCUAAAGGUAAUCCCGGUCGACCCGGUCCAUGCCGGGACGCUCCGGAGCACGACGGCUUCCUCUUCACCAGACACAGCCAGGAACUCUUUAUCCCAGAAUGCCCUGCAGGAACCACCCUGAUGUACAGCGGGUACUCGCUGCUGUUCAUCAACGGGAACAACCGAGCGCACGGACAAGACCUGGGUACAUUAGGUAGUUGUUUACCUCGCUUUACCACCAUGCCCUUCCUGUUCUGCAACACCGACAACACCUGCCGCUACGCCUCCCGCAACGACUACUCCUAUUGGCUGUCCACCGACCAACCAAUGCCGGGCAGCAUGCCGCUGAUCUCAGGGGACUCUCUGAAGGACUACAUCAGCCGGUGUUCGGUGUGCGAGGCCCGGGCCAACGUGAUCACCGUCCACAGUCAAACCAGCGAGAUCCCAGAGUGUCCGUCGGGAUGGGACCCGCUCUGGUUCGGAUACUCCUUCGUCAUGGAGACGGGGGUUGGGGCCGAGGGCUCGGGCCAGCCUCUGGCCUCUCCGGGGUCCUGCCUGCAAAACUUCCGGAAGAUUCCCUUCAUCGAGUGUCACGGGAGAGGAACCUGCAACUACUACACCGACUCCUACAGCUACUGGCUGGCUGCCCUCAACCCCAACGACAUGUUCAGUAAGCCGAAGCCUCAGAGCGACACCGGAGAGUUUCCAGGAAGUCUGAUUAGCCGCUGCCGAGUCUGCAUGAAGCAACUGUAACCCAACUACAGAUACUACUACAGAUACUACAGAUACUACAGAUACUACAGAUACUACAGAUACUACUACAGAUACUACUACAGAUACUACAGAUACUACAGAUACUACAGAUACUACUACAGAUACUACAGAUACUACUACAGAUACUACAGAUACUACUACAGAUACUACAGAUACUACAGAUACUACAGAUACUACUACAGAUACUACUACAGAUACUACAGAUACUACAGAUACUACUACAGAUACUACAGAUACUACAGAUACUACAGAUACUACUACAGAUACUACUACAGAUACUACAGAUACUACAGAUACUACUACAGAUACUACUACAGAUACUACAGAUACUACAGAUACUACAGAUACUACUACAGAUACUACAGAUACUACAGAUACUACAGAUACUACUACAGAUACUACUACAGAUACUACAGAUACUACAGAUACUACAGAUACUACUACAGAUACUACAGAUACUACAGAUACUACAGAUACUACAGAUACUACUACAGAUACUACUACAGAUACUACAGAUACUACAGAUACUACUACAGAUACUACAGAUACUACAGAUACUACUACAGAUACUACAGAUACUACAGAUACUACUACAGAUACUACUACAGAUACUACAGAUACUACUACAGAUACUACUACAGAUACUACAGAUACUACUACAGAUACUACAGAUACUACAAAUACUACAGAUAUACUACAGAUACUACUACAGAUACUACAGAUACUACUGAUACUACAGAUACUACAGAUACUACUACAGAUACUGCAGAUACUACAGAUACUACUACAGAUACUACAGAUACUACAGAUACUACAGAUACCACAGAUACUACCGAUACUACUACAGAUACCACAGAUACUACAGAUACUACAGAUACUACAGAUACUACUACAGAUACUACAGAUACUACAGAUACUACUACAGAUACCACAGAUACUACAGAUACCACAGAUACUACAGAUACUACAGAUACUACAGAUACUACUACAGAUACUACUGAUACUACAGAUACUACAGAUACUACUACAGAUACUACAGAUACUACCGAUACUACUACAGAUACCACAGAUACUACCGAUACUACUACAGAUACCACAGAUACUACAGAUACUACAGAUACUACUACAGAUACUACUACAGAUACUACAGAUACUACAGAUACUACAGAUACUACAGAUACUACAGAUACUACUGCUGCUAACACAAGGUUUCAAGGUGUUAUUGGUCAUAUGAAAAUCUUAUGUCCCAUGCUCCUCCAACAACUCGACGUACAUGGUGCAGAUAAGAUCAAUAAAAUAGUGCAGAAAGAGAGAACUGACUACUAACUACUGAACACUACUGACUCUGUACUCCUGAUAAAUACUCCGGAGUACUCAGAGCACUGUUGAGGUAUUCUCACAUUCUACUUUUACUCCACUGCGUUUAUUUCACAGCUUCAGUGACGAGCUGCUUUGCAGAUUUAGAAAUGAAUUGAACAAUUAUGUUAAUUCAAAGGACUGUGUAUUUUCACAUCAGUAUUUCUCUGCGGGAUAAGAACUUUUAAUUUGGAUACGUUAAGUACAAUUUGCGGAUUCGACGAUAUUUUCAUGCCGGACUUGUACUAAUCUUUGGUACUUUUACUAAAGUACAGUAUCUGAAUAGUUAUCAUGUAUAUCAUGCAGCCAGUGGAGGGCAGUGCUGAAACACCACAGAAGAAGAAAGGAGCACAUAGAAAACUUGAAGUGAAUGAGAAAAAAAUGUGGAGCUUUUAAUGGGAUGACUCUCGCAGCAAUGCAUUCUGGGGCGUGUAGUCAUCAUUAAACAAAUCUGCAGGAAUUGUAUCUGUUAAACGAUUUUAAUAAAUUGGAAUAUUAGUAUUACAUGUUUACAGUCCAAAGUUAUUAUCUAAUCCUCGUUGUACAUACUCUCUGUAACUGUUAAAGGUCGCUGAUAACAUUUGUGAAUAUUAUUCUUGUUGAGUUUUAAUAAAACAUGUUGUUUUACAGAA